UUGACCUUUGGGAAUUUGUUCUAGUUAAGUUUAAUUUGUUUAAUCUCUGUAUUGAUUCUGUUCAAACUUCAUUGGACUAUACCAUUUUUCCUCAAAUCCUCUCUCCACUGUGGGUGAUUGAAGAAGAGUCCAAAUACUGCUCAACAGCUGAAGCACACAUAAGGGUACUUGAUAAUAUUGGUAAUCCUAGUUCUUGUGUGAAUAGCAGUUCUAUCCAGAUAGUUUGGGGAUUCCAUACUUCAAAUUAUUGUUUUUUUUCUACGAUUUUUGGUGAUUAUUGUUAUAAGUGAUCCUUUUGCUCUUAUGUUGAUUUGACAGUGUGAAUAGCAGUGUUGUCCUGAUAGUUUAAAGAUUUUGUCAGUUUUCCGCAUAUGAUUUAGAGAUUCCUUACUCCGUAAUAUUGCUUAUUUUCUACAGCUUCUUGGUUAUUAUUGUUACAUGAUGUCUCCUAAGGGAAGAAAGCAUUGUCGAAGUUUACCUUUUGACGUCCUUGUCAACCUUCCUGAUAAUGUGAUUGAUGUCAUUCUGACACAUUUGCCUUACAAAGAUGCUGUGAGGACAAGCGUCUUAUCGAAGAAAUGGAGGUACAACUGGUGUAGACUUAUAGAGUUGACGCUUGAUGAAUCUCUUUGGGAAACACAAAAGGAUCUACUAAAUCCUACAGCUAAAUUUACAAAGAUUAUCUACCAUCUUUUGACCCUUCAUGAAGGACCCAUUACUAAGUUUACCCUCGACAUUGCCAAUUUGAGAAGCAGUCCUGAUAUUUACGACUUCAUAUAUUUCCUACCUAGGACUGACAUUCAACAUCUUGUUCUUCACCUUCCAUGGAAAAAGCUAUAUAAAUUGCCUUCUUCACUUUUCAGAUGUUGGCAGCUAAGGCAUCUAAAUCUUCAUAAUUGCCUAAUUAUUCCUCCAUUGGCCUUUGACAGAUUUGAUAGGUUAGUCAGUCUGGAACUAUGUAGAGUCACAGUUUCCUCUGAAUUUCUCGGAAGUUUAAUAGCUCAUUGCUCGUUGCUUGAGCAGUUGGUGCUGAAAAUAUCGGAAACUUCAGACAUCAUUGAAAUUAAUGCCCCAAUGCUAAGAUCCUUUGAUUUCAUGGGCAAUAUAAGUUUUAUCUGUUUAAAGAAUGUCCCUCUUUUGGCAAAAGCAUCUCUGAUAAGCAAGAGUUCUUCUACGGAGGCAGGGAAUUUUGAUUAUGCAAAGUUUUUCGAGUCUUGUUCUGCUCUUGAGCACCUACUCUUGAACUUUGGUUAUAGCGAGUUCUUUGCAGAUGAAGUACCGACAAGGCUUCCCAUUUAUCUUAACCGUGUCAAACGUUUUCACCUGCCUGAAAUUAUGCUGAAGGAAUCAUAUAAGCUCUCGUGUGCUCUCUGCUUGUUAAGAAGCUUCCCAUAUUUGGAAUAUCUCAAAGUUGAGGUUCUUAAUGUGUGGCCGGUUUACAAUGAAGUUGAUAGUAUUCAAGAAUCCCUUGAAUUCGAAAAUUUCUCAAAUGUCACAUUUAAUCACCUCAGAAAAGUUACGCUAGUAAGCUUUGGAGGAACAACGCCUGAAAUGCAGCUUAUCAAGCUUUUGUUAGCCAAGUCCCCAGUGUUGGUGAAAAUGGUAAUCUAUCCAGUAUUUUAUCUUGACACAAGAUCAGAAACACUCGCUGAGCUAUCGAAAUUUCGGCAUGCAUCACCUACAGCAGAAAUAGACUAUCAUAUGGAAGCUAAAACGGAAUAGGUAGAAACAAAUGUUGAUGUAGUAGUAUAACAUUGUGUCUUGCCUUUCCGUAGUAAGAUAAAGAGACGAGUGAUUAUCUGUUUGGGAACAUGAGCAUUUUUGGAUGGAUGUUUUGAUUAGUUUGUUCUGUAAUAACAUUGUCAUUACAUGUUUAAGGAUUUUUUUUACAUUUUAGUGCCUGCUCAUGAACGAUUUGUGGAAUUUACAUACACAAGAGUUGA